UUAAGAUCACGUGAUCAUGGUGGUGUCUGUUUGCUCCGUCUGGCACUGGAGAGGCUGUCGUUGUGUUUCGUACGCAGGUAUACCCAUAAAAUGGACAAAAUCGCUCUGCAAUCCGCCUGUUUAAUUCUUAUAACAGUCCUGGGAAAUGGUAAGUGAAACUAGAGCCGUUGAUUUUGUCCUUUCACUCGGUUUACCGUUUGCAUUUAGCUUAAUUUGCAAAACGGAAAAGAAGACGAGACAGUGUUUGUCUGAUGAAAAAAGCAACAGGAAUACAUCUCUUGUCUAUUAUAUUCAAAUGUUAAAGUUAUUGGGCCAAAUGUUACAUAUGUUUGUACAACAUUGUUGAUCUUCGCUGGGUAGCGUUUGUGGUGGCGUUUUCUGAUUUUCUCUCAAAAUGUUUGUGUUUAUAUAGCGCAGCUUUAAUAAGAUCUCUUACGCACAUGCAGUGAUACAAGGUUCCUAUUGAUAGGACGACUUGUGCGAAUAUUAGCUAGGAAACGUUGAGACUUUUCUUGUUUAGGAAGGAAAUUAAGUCUCUCUUUCUCUUUGGACUUCAGAAGAUACAGAAGGUAGCUUAAUAUUUUGAAACUUGCAUUUUGAUAACAAAUACUCCUUUAACUAAAGCGCAGCAAAAGGCGACGGGCUACGACUGAAUAUUUUAAAAGCUUAGAAUUGUCGGGUUAAUCUGCGCCGCGCGCCAGAGGUUCUUCUUCUCGUUAACUUGGACAGUUCCGAUUCCGGAAAUUUUAACUUUUAGAAAAUGACUGUAAACAUAAAUCUUCUGAUGUAUUACCCCCAGUAAUGUCAAAUGACGAUAUAGCUGCGGUGAAACCCAAAUUGCCUCAGUUGGCUAUGUGAAAUUUCCUUUAGAUGUCAUUGAGGAAAUGGUUAUUCAAAGGUGCUCAUCCAGUCGCAUUAGGAAAUUGUGCACUAGUAUUGGUGAGGCUAUCCUCUGGUGCUCCGUUAGAAAGCAAAUAAGCAUUCGAAUUACCCACUUAACUGCCAGAAAGCCAUGACAUUAAUUCAAGACCUCAACUUAUGAAUAAGUUAAGUGAACACAGCACUGAAAUACCAUGUCUGGGUUUGAUUCUUCUCAAGUUUUACAUAAGUAAAACACUUAUUUAUUAACAUACUGCUCUAUCAGGAUCAAUGCCUCUGAUAUUAGGGGAAAUUUAUCUAGCUCUGUUGCCAAACUACAAUCUAUUGUGUACAAUUCUGGUGUUUUUUGCCUUGGUCCUUUUCUUAUUUUACCCCUUGGCCCAUGCAAUAGCCUUAAGCUAUAAUCAUCAGCCUUUAUUUUCUCUUCCCAUUUAAGUUCAGGUUAUAUAAGCUCAUUCUUCAAAAAUGUACAUCUAUAGAACACAGAAGUAACAGAUUGUGUUUGUAUCUUCAUUGUAGUUAGAAGCACGACUAUUACUUGUCAUUGUACAAAUUGUGACAACAAAACCUGCAGUACUGGGGGGGCAUGUAUGGUGAUUGCUACUCGAUAUUCAACAGGAGUGAUUGAGCACUAUAAAGGAUGUAGUACUGACGAACAUCGUUUUGUAUGUCCUAUGGAAGAUGAACCAGUUGAUCCAGAUGAGAAUGUAUACUGCUGUAGGACAGAUAUGUGCAACUUUGUAGCAAUAACUCUGCCAACAUUAACACCUUCCACAGUCUACAAACAAAAAGGUAUUUUCCCAUAAUUGAUAUAUUUUAGAUAUAUUUGUGUUAGAGAUAGAACUUUUGCAGUGAUUCUCCUAAAUUGCAAAGUACAUAGCAUUUGUGUCUCAUAUUAUAUACAAAAGGCCAAAAAACUAUGCACAUCCUUAGUCAACCAAAAACAAGGCUUGGUUUUUAAGUCUUUUGAAAGGCAUGAAAAGAGUGUUUAUCCCUGAAGGCAUAGCAGCCUAUCAAUUUCUAAGAAUGGGUGCAUUCCUUCAGUCUUCCUGGCUGUGUUAUUGGAUUUAGAAAAAGAAAAAUGUUGGUAGGAAAAAGAUGUGACUAAAGCAUCUUUAGUCUUCUGUGGUGGACAUUAAUAUGUCUCUCAGAUAAGGAAUUUUCUCGUUCAAAAUGUUCUGAUAGAAAAUAUAUUGUUUGGUAAGUUUAUUAUAUUUAUCUCUUUUGUUACAUCUUGCUUCAAAGCUGUUUUUCUGUUCCUGUAAAAUAUACAUUUUCUAAACAAGCCCCUAGUAAGUACAGUUGUUGGGAUUAACUGUGUAACUUGCCAUGAUGUGUUUUGUCUCAGCUUUUUUUUGUUGAGGAAUCACCCCAAAGCACUUUAUACAGAUGAAGUUUAAUGGUGUGAAACCAUGAUUGCUUGUUACUUUUGUUCAGUUAUGCUAUUUUACAAUAUUUACUUAAAUUUGUUUAGACUCAGAUGAUCAGAGUGGCAGUAAGCUGAGCACAGUAGGGGUGGCAGCAGCCAUUGCUGGCCCUAUGUGUGUGAUUUGUGCUCUAAUCAUGCUGUUCAUUUGCUGGCACCAAAAAAGGCAAAUGAAGAAACAGGGAGAGUUUCAGGAAGCAGAGGCAGCACUUCAGCCGGUGGAGGAUGAAGCAUUGAUUCCUCCAGGGCAAACUCUGAAAGAAUUAAUGGAUAUGUCAACAGGUAUAAUAUUAUGCAAUGUCCAUUCAGUACUUCACAGCUUCUUAAUGUUCAGUUUUGCAUCAACUUGGCAAGCACUUUGAUAUUUCUAUAAAAUAAUUUGUGCUCUUUUGACAAUAAUCAUCUGUAGAAUAAAAGUUAUAAUAAGAAAAAGAAAACACAAACAGAGGACAAUUAAUGAUAAUCAAAAAUAAUGAUGAUGUUCAUGACACAGCCCAAAUCAAUAAAUCAAUUAAGUGUGUAUUGCAAUCGUUAAGAAAUAUUAAAAAUAUUAAACAUAACAUAAAGAAGAUGAAGCAUCCAUGUGCGAAGAUAUGAGAUAGCAACUUAAACAAAAAUGACAAAGCUUAAUGCAAUUAAGGUGGCACCAGAAGCUAACUUGACCCUUUUUAGGUGCUCUUUUUUCUCAACUAUUAAAGAUUUUAAUUUAAGCAGCCAACUUUUUUUCUACAACCACCAUUUUAUCAAUGAAGGUUGCCAAAAGGCAACUUUUUGAAGAGUGAACUCAGAGCUCUGAAUAGUGUUUUCAGUAAUUUCCUUUAGUUGACCUUUCUAACACAUCCAUUUCAUAAUUGACCAUUUGAUAAUGAAUUACAUUUGGAUAAUGAAUUACUGACUACAUAUUUUCCAAGCAAUGAAAAAAAUGAAAGUUUUUCAUUAACUUUUAUGGAACUAAUAUGCACUUGGGUCAUUCCAUAUGAGAUUGAAACUUGUGAAAAGUAAUAUUCUGGACAAAGGGUCUGUUCCACUUUUUAUUUUUCUAGCAAGCAAUGAAAAAAAAAAAGUUUUUUAUAUUUUCCAAGCAAUGAAAAAAAUGAAAGUUUUUUCAUUAACUUUUGGGGUGCCUUACAACUUAAAGUGAACUAAUAUAAACCACACACUCUAUUCAGUCAUUCCAUAUGAGAUUGAAACUUGUGAAAAGUAAUAUUCUGGACAAAGGGUCUGUUCCACAUGUUUCAUUCAGAUUUCUAGCAGCAUCUAUGCCUUUCUCGUCCUCUCACCAACAAGCCUGGUUUUUACUAGCAACACAAGCAAAAAUGUACCCACAACAUCUCCUAUUCCACUGUCAAAUCAGCCUUGGGGCAAGCACAAGAAAAAGGAAAAUCCCAAUCUUUGAGUUUCUGCUUGUGCUUGCAUUGGUGGUGAAAACCAGGCUUCAGAGUCCAUCAUAAAAAAAAUUAAUGUGCUACCCCAGGAUGACAACUUCAGACUGAUUUGUGGUUUCUUGAGGUGUUGUUGCUGUGAAAUCCAUACAUUCCUGGGAAUGGAACCUCUGAUUGUUGCAAGAAAAAUAGGUUAUGAAUAUGGACAACGCAGCCAAAUUUGGUACCAAAUUUGAUCGCUUGUGUACCAAUAUUUCUUAGCUGAGCCAAACAAUUAUGUUAAAACUGGCAAGUAGAUGUAUCCAAUAAAAACUAAAUUUAGAGUGAAGAAACUAAAGAAAACUUUUCACUAGAGUGUGCCAAUUUUUGCUGGUGAAUGUGGACAUGAUGAGGUGAAGAAGAGCAGGUUUAUAAUGUUUACAGUGUAUGUAACAUCUUCUGAAACAUUUGUCCAUUAUAAAAGGUUAAAUUCCCUUUUGACAGUUACUGAUUCCUCUCAACUCUAUUGCCACAGCAACCCACUUAAAUUCCUUACAUUCCACAAGUUUCACAAGUAUCAUCUAUGAUGAAUUCUGUAUUAUGUUUGCAAAUUUAGGUUCUUAUGGCUAAAUUCUUAAACUGCUCCAAUGCUGUAGAACUGAACGAAAAAUGGCCAACUAGCCUCUGGCACCAAUUUAAUACAAGUUCUUAUACUUAAUGUUACCUUUUUAAAAUUCAAACAUCACUGUAAUUAAAGGGUUUAGUGCAUUCCAAGUCAAAAAUUACCAAAUGUUAAUCUGGCUUUAAACUUAGUCAUAUUGCUAAGUAAAUGAUUAGAUCACACCAUGAUGAAGGAAAGAACCAGUCAAAGGGUGUAAGAGAAAUGAGAGUUAUUUACCACUGGAUUACUUAUUGCAUCAUUUUCUAACAGUAACUUUGUGAAAGAACUAGUUUGGAGUCUUGAGAAAUUAACCAAAAGACUAACUUGUUGGGGUUGAUUUUGCAGGAAGUGGCUCUGGAUUGCCUUUAUUGGUUCAGCGUACCAUCGCAAGACAAAUCCAUUUGGUGGGACUCAUUGGUAAAGGCCGUUUUGGGGAGGUUUACCGAGGGGUGUGGAGAGGACAGAGUGUUGCAGUUAAAAUCUUUUCAUCUAGGGAUGAGUGCUCAUGGUUCCGUGAAGCAGAGAUCUAUCAGACAACCAUGUUGCGACAUGAAAACCUUUUAGGUACUGUGUAAAAGUACAAUUAUAUUUGUAUGAACAUACAUGUACAUGUAAACAUUUCAAAGGGGACUUGUUGUCAAGCAAGAGCCACUAAUAAAUUGUAGCUCAAGUUUUAAAGCAUUUGGAGAUGAGGUCUGUUGAUCUGACUACACUGUUAACAUGACUUUCUGUCUUAAGCUCUGUUUCCUGUCUUUCUUUCUCAAUUGAUUGUUUUAAUGACUCACAGUUCUACAUUGUUUUUCCUCCCAUGGACCAACUUAGUGUCUGACUUUCAUUAUUCAUUUUGACUCAAUACGUGUUAGAUAAUGGUGGCCUGGUGGUCUGCUUACUGCACUACUGAUUGAUACAUGCAGAACCUCCUAUCUCCUAGGAGCAUGAGCAAAUUGUCAUUUGGAGAGACUUGAUGAAUGUCUUUCCUCCACUAGAAUUCACCUAUUUAUUUAACAUAUUAUGAAUUACCUUCUCUUUGUAACAAUUUCUUUGUACAUUUAGAUCAGUCUGUUUAUGAUCUCGCUUUUCUCUGAAAUGUUACUUUUCCUUCACAGGUUUUGUAGCUGCUGACAACAAAGAUAAUGGUGCCUGGACACAGCUUUGGUUGGUUACAGAUUAUUUAGAAAAAGGCUCUUUGUAUGACUAUCUUCAACUUGUUACUCUGGAUGUUGAAUCUAUGCUGAUGUUAGCAGUUUCAAUAGCCAGUGGACUUGCUCAUCUCCACAUUGAGAUUGUUGGCACCCAAGGAAAGCCAGCUAUUGCACAUCGUGACUUAAAAAGUAAAAACAUUCUGGUUAAAAGAAAUGGUAAGGGGAAAAUCUUUAGAACAAUUUGUGUUGUGUGGGAGAAGUGUCAGUAACUGUCUUGGUGACUUAGAAUUUAAAGUGUUACAAGUACCUGAAGUUGUUUUGCACUUAUACUACAAUGUACACUAAAAUCAGAGCUUUAUCAUGUAUCAUGUUUACCUAGCCUUUUCUCUUUUUUUUUUUUUUGCAUUUCAUUGUUUGUACCAAAAUGUUCAUGACCUUUGGAUAGGUUUGAUUUUUCUGCAGCCUAAGUUACAGUUAUAAGGCAAUCUACUGCAAAAAUCACGAAGUAUUGUUUCAUCAUUAGACAGUAUUAAAGCAUAAAUUUUAUAUUGUUCUUUUCUGUAGGGACAUGUUGCAUAGGUGAUUUGGGUCUUGCUGUUCGCCAUAGUUCUGUUACUGACACAGUUGAUGUUCCUCCUGGGAACAGAGUUGGAACGAAGCGCUACAUGCCACCUGAAUUUUUAGAUGACAAUAUGCAUGUGCGGCACUUUGACGCAUACAAGCGAGGUGACAUGUACGCAUUUGGUCUUGUGUUAUGGGAAAUUGCAAGGAAGUGUGUGUGUGGUGGAAUAUGUGAUGAAUAUCAGCUGCCCUACUAUGACAGAGUUCCUUGUGAUCCCAGCAUUGAAGAUAUGAGAAAGGUGGUCUGUGUGGAUAGGUACCGCCCUGCCUUUCCAAAUAGGUGGAUACAAGAUCAGGUUUGUAUUUUAUCACUUCCUCUCAGUUGUUUGAUUAUUUUCUGUCAUACCAGCUUCAGUUGUGUACAUGUAUUUCCAUCAGGUAAAAGGCAUAACAACAUUAAAACUUGUAGUUUCUGUUCCUCAGUUUUCUUAACUUUGAAUAGUUACUUUCAACUUCUGUGCUGUGAAACAGUUUAAUCACAACAACACAGCAGUCAAAUGGUGAUGCAUGCAAAGGUAGAUUCAAGCAGCACAGAUAAUUUGAAAUUGCAAACACAGCCUUUUUUGUGGAGAACUGAUGUGUGACUUAAUUUUUUUUCUUGUUUCUAAGGAAAGUUUCCAAGUUUUUCAGACUAAUACUUAUAUACACAGUUAUUCUGCACUUUCCCCUCUUUAGGGUAAUUUACACUCUGAUACUUUUUUUUGCACAUUGCAUGGUAAUGUGAUGAAGUCACCCUUGAUCUUUGCCGUGCUGUUAGUAGUUUGUGUGUGGUUUGUUUUUUUUUUGGUUUUUUUUUCUGUAUUCAUGGUACAGUUGCUAGUAAACACAGAGGGAAAUGUGUGAAAAGAGAGGAACCAAGCCAAACAAGAUAUUUAUGAUGAUUGCAGGCCUAUGUUUAUUGUGGACUGUAAAAAAUAAGAGCUGCAGUGGUGGAGAAGGGUUCUGCCAUUUGUCUGUUGACUUCAUCACCGUAACAAAUCAUUUGUGUUCAAAACUAUUGGGAUAAAUCACAAUAAAAAAAAGCAAUUUUUCUACGUGUGUCCUAAGUAUUGGAAUAGUUAGAAACUUAACCAUUUCUUCCUCACUAUAGGCUAGACAGGUACAACUUAUUGUUUUAAGACUCUUGCACAUGUACAGUGUUUGACCGCUGAGUUACAUCCAGCAAUUUUUGCUAUUUAAAAAGGUUAUUGAAGUGAAUAGAAUUGAGUAAUCAGAUUUGGUAGCAAAAUUCUACCACUGGUUUCCUCAUUCACUGUUACAAUGUCAAACUGCAUUACAAGUAUACAGCAUUUCCAAAAUUCAGAAAGGAAAUUGAUACGUAACCUCAAGAAUGUAAUGUUUUAAUUUUUUUUUGUUGUUAGACACUACAGUCUAUGUCCAAGUUGAUGAAAGAAUGUUGGUAUGCCAAUAGUGCUGCAAGACUUACAGCUCUGCGUGUUAAAAAGACUCUUACAGCACUGUGUCAGUUACAUGAUGUUGAUAUUAUGGUGUAGAGGGAUCCAUCAAGAAAAAUCUUGUACCACAAGUCUUAGAUGUGUUUAUCACUUGAGGACUUUGACAAUAGGAGGAACUCUCUGAUAUCCUCCGGGGCAAUGUGUAGGUCCUGUAAUGGGAUAGCACACGACCAUAUGUAAACGUCCUCCCUCACACAACUUGUCUACCAACACACUAUUGGCAUGGCUUUCAUAAAGUUUGCAGUUCAAACAGCAAUGCUACAUGACAGAGAUAAGGUAUGAUUUCUUUGUAACCAAGAAGUAUUCCCAUUUUUGUCUUGUAUUUAUGUCCUUGGCAUUGUCUAACCGUCCGUGGCACAAAGUGUUGGUACUCAUCAGAAACAAUGAUCCUGACUUCUUUUUAUGUAAGAAUCUGAAUACAAAGAUAUGCUGGAAUUGAAAAACUGUUGAAAAAGACUUGCAUUUUGAUAACAACUGUACAACUAUGUAACGGACAGGUUCUCCUUCUUGGUCGUUUUUAGAUGUUUCAAAUGGGAAUUCAGAAUAGAGCUGAAUAGUUUUUAAAUCGUUAACAUUCCAUAUCCAAUUAUUCAAGGGUGGAUACUUUGUUGUGAGGGCUAAACUUUCACAAACUAAUCCUCAAAAUAUUGAAUACCAUGCAUAAGAUAGCUGCUCUGCUGUUACUAACUCCAAGAUGAAGCGUGUUUAUUGCAUUCAAAUUGCGAUACAAUUGUUUAAGGUGGUUCUCACGUUUAAAAAAAGUGUAUUUUUAAACAAAUUUUUAUCUUCGUAAACUGGUGGUAUUAGGUAAGUACAUGUAAUGUACUGUAAUGCACCAAAGAAAAAUGUGAAGAGAAACAAUUUUAGAAUCCACGAAAUCUUCCUUGAUAUCCGUUCUUUAGAACGCUGUACUGUACCUUGUGAAUAGUUGUAAAUAAAGCAAAUACUUCGCGUGCAAGGGGCAUGGGAGAUACUGAAGGGUGUAAACUGCAGUGAACAGAGUCAGAGUGUAAUCAGUAAAAACUUCAUUAAACUGUUAGCCUG